AUGCAAGACCCCCCCGCGCCGGGCGCCGAUCCCGCUCCCCGGUCCCGGUUCCCGGUCCCCGUCCCCGCCGCCCGGACACUGCUCGGCGGCGGCGGAGCGCGGGGCGCGGGGCCGGGGGCCCGGCCGUACUGCAUGCACCGGCCCCCUCCCCUCCCUCCCGGGGCCGCCCCCCCCCGGCCCCGCUGGACGCUCGUCGCCCGGUCCCGGCCCCGCCAGGACUCGUCGGCCGUGACGAGCCGCCGCGCCGCUCCCGCCGCCCGAAUGCGCGGCCCGCGGGGCGGCGGCGCUGAUAUAACGCGGCUCUGCCCCACGGGUGUCCCCCCCGGGACCGGGGAGGCGGUGUCCCCCCCCUCACCAAUAACGGCACCGGGAUCCGGUGCGGCGGCCCGGCUCGGUCCACCGGCGGUGACACCGCUGCGGUCCCCUGGGAGCGGGAGCUCGGAGCUUGGUGCCCGGGGCUGGCACCGGGCCGCGGUGCCGGUGGCCUCGGGAAGGGUGCGCGGUGGCGGCAGCCAAGGCCGGUUCCUCGGCGGCGGCCCCGGGAAGCCGCUCGGCUCCCGGCGCGGUGCCCGGGGCUGGUGCCGGUUCCCGGUGUUGCUUCCCGAUGGAGCCUUGGCUCGGUGCCCGGUGCCAGUGCCGGUGCCAGCGCCGGUGCUUGUGCCGGUUCUCGGCGCUGGCGCCCGUUGGAGUCCCGGAAGCUCCCGCGCCGGUUCAGGGAGCCGGUGCCCAUGGGAGCCCCGGGACACCCGAUGCGGUUCCGGUGCCCAGUGUCCGGUGCCGUUCUCGGUACCCAGGGCCAGUGUUGGUACCGCUGCCCGGUGCCCGGUGGAGCCCUGGGAGCGCGGUGCGGCGCCGGUGCCCGGAGCGGAGCUGUCCGCUGCGGCGGUGCUGAACGGGAGCCCGGGCUUCUUAACGGCCAUCGGUUUAUUUACCGACCGCACCACCGGGGCUCAUCGCCACCCGACGGCCGCCGGCACCGGGCAGCGUCGGGCACUGAGGUCCCGGUUUGGCGGGCCACGCGGGUCGUGGGGGCCGGUUCCCCCCGGGGUCAUCGAGCGCCGGGGCCACACAGGGGCUGCGGGGACGGAGGCACCGGUUUCCUCCCGGGAUGGGUGUCUGAUACCCGCGCCCCGCAGCCCCGCGGCUUUUAGGGAUAAACCGGGCCGGUUUAGGGUCGGGCCGUGGCUGCAAACUGGGGCCGGAUCCAGCGCGGCCCCGACGUGCUGGGCCCGGUCCCAGAGCCGCCGGUGUCGAGGCGUCGGGCCCGAGCCGGGGAGCGGAUCCGCCCCGGCCCCACGAGCCCCUGCAGCGGCCCCCGAACCCCCGGCCGGGCCCCGGCGCUCGCCGCUCUCCCCAAAGCAGCGGAUCCUCUUCCGACGGCUCUGGCCCGAAUAUCCUCCCGGGACUCGUUUCUCGGGGGAAAAAGCCCCGGGAGGACCCGGGGACAACCGAUGGGGCCGGACGGAGGUUCCGUGGGGCCGGGGCUGUCGAUGUGCGGCCCUUCUGCCGCCAUCCGCCACCAGCGGCACCGGGGCCGCGGCCCGGAGCAGCGGCGGCGAAGGGCGGAUGCCCCCGCGGAGGGGAGGAGGGGGACGCGGGGGCCGGGGGCUGCGGGGGGGCCGCCGACAUCUGCUCCCGGGGCCGGCUAUGCCAGGGGGUGCCGGCCCCGGUGGCAGGGCUCUGGUUUAUGUUCAAUUGUCGGGAUUUUUGUUUCCCCGGUGCCCGCCCGGCCCCGCCGAAGAUGCGGGAACCCCCCCCGGCUGCUCCGGCAAGGCCCGGCCCCGCAAUGCGGCCCCGCACUCGCUGCACGGCCCCGGUGUAAAGCUCCGGAGAACGGCUCCGGUGCAAAGCACCGGUGGAAGGUUUUGGUGCACCGUCCCCGUGAACGGUUUCGUUGCAAAGCUGCAGUGCCCGGCCUCGGUGCAAGGUUCGGGUGCCCGGUGCUGGUGCCCGGCUCCGAAACACAGCCGCGGUAUAAGGCUCCGGGGCCCGGCCCGGUUCACAGCUCCGGUGCCUGGUCCGGUUCCCAGCCCUUCCGCCCGGCGGCUCUCGGGGAGGGAAGCGGGAGGUCGGGAGCCGCCGCCCCGCCGGGCUCUGCGAGUGUUUCGUGCGACCGUGGAAUCAAAUCCACCUCGGGGGGCUGAGGGGUCCGGGGAGCUGCCGGGACCCCGCGCGGCUGCCCGGGGGUCAGCGGAGCUCGCCCAGCACCGAGGGGACCUGGCGGUGGCGGCUCGCCCGGACGCAGCCCCCGCUAUUUCAAAGCAGGAUGAGAUGGGGGGUGGUUGUCCUCCCCGCCUCACCACCCCCGGUGCCCGUGGUGCCCCCGGUGCCCCCGGGCCGGCCCCUCUCCCGGCCCGGCGGAGCGCGGCGGGGGCGCGGGGCGAGAGCCAGCUCCGGGUCGCCGCUGCCACCGGCGAAUACCAUAAAAAACCGGAGGCUCCCGGCGCCCGGCGCUCGCCGCGCUGCGGAGGCGGCCCCGCUCCGGGGGCCGGGGGCUGCCCGGGGGUCGGGAGGGGUGUAGGGGACACGGAGGGAUGUGGGGGCCCGGGUAGGGGGGGGCUGUCCUUGUUUUUGUGCGAUGGGGAGCCCAGGACGCUGUCCCCCGUGGGGGAACGGGGGGUCCCGGCGGUCUCCGGAGCCGCGGCCGGGGCGGGCCGGGCUGGCAACGGUCCUCGCCGCCCCGGGGGCUGCAGAGCCGCCCCCUCCCCCGCCCGGUCUGCCAGGCUCCAUCGCAGAGGAGUUAAAACAAGGACAUCUGUGCCUGGAAUCGCUGCGAAGCUCCGAACCUGCCAGCGCCUGCUGGCACCGGCCGCCGGCGGAGGCGGCUUCUCCGGAAUGCGGCACCGCCGGCAGCUCCGCCCGGAGCCCCGGCCCGGCCCCGAGGGCUGCGGGGCCAGGAGGACCUUGGCCCGUCUGGGCAGAGUCUGCGUCUGCCCCCAUCGUGUCCCCGUCGGUCGCAGCCCCGAGGGGGUCGUGUUUCCCCUGUGGGAGACAGCGAGGGGAUGA